GGCAUGGCAGCCUUGAAGAAAAACAUUGCAACCGCGCGCGCAUUGAAGCCGCUCGCAGGCAGUCAGACUUUAGUCCCCGACCCGGACUGCAACUGGCCAAUACGGGCUGCCUUGCUGAGGCUAAUCCCUGUUCUGUGUUUCAGACAACCCCAUCCCCGUGCGGGCGACCAGGGGGGCACUGGGUCAGCCAUGCCAGAGGAGGGGGCCCCGUACUACUGGAAUGGACUGGCCUGGAUGCUCGAAGAGUGUUGGAAUGAGGUCAUCUCGUUCGGAUUCAUCCUCCAGGGGAGCUGCGAUACCCCUCGCUCGUCUCCACCACCUCUUGGCCAUCUAGACCCAUCACAUCGGUUCAGGUCACCCUCUAACCAUGGUCUGUCGAAACCGGGGCACAUUAGCUGAUGUCAGCACCUAAUUGCGACACUAUUGAUAUGGCAUAGCAUGUGGACUGAGACCACCACAGCCAGCCAAACU